GCCAGCUGUUAGCCAGUUCAAUAAUAUAUUUCCCCUUGGGUAAAACGACAUGCUUUGCUCCUACAAGGAAGUAAACGAAUGUUGGAUGCAGAGAAAACCACUUCCUUCUAAAACCCAGUACUCGACUGCCAGAUUUAUUACUCUAAAUGCCUACAGUACCAAACAUAUUGGUUCGUCGGUCGUCCGCAUAGGCACCCUGGUUUCGGUCACGUUUGAAUCGACGGUAUCAGUGGAUUAGUCCACACGGUCUUGAUGGCACACAAUUACGAGGUCGGGACGAGGGCCUGGCAACCUGAUCCUACUGAGGGAUGGGUCGCGUCCGAGGUGAAGGAAAAGUUAGUUGAUGGAGACAAGGUGCAACUUGUGUUUGUGUUGGAAAAUGGAGAGUCGAGAGCCUUUGAAACCACUCAAGCCGAGUUACAGGUGGACAACAACCCAAAAUUACCCCCGUUGAUGAAUCCUGCUAUGCUCGAAGCCAGCGAAGACCUCACGAACUUGUCCCAUCUGAAUGAGCCUGCUGUUCUACAGGCUAUCAAACUUCGUUAUGCUCAAAAAGAAAUAUAUACAUACAGUGGCAUCGUUCUUAUCGCGACUAACCCUUUUGCCCGGGUAGACUCACUCUAUGUCCCACAAAUGGUGCAAGUUUAUGCUGGAAAACAUCGAGCUUCACAGGCACCCCAUCUUUUUGCCAUUGCAGAAGAGGCAUUCGCAGACAUGUUACGAGACAAAAAGAACCAAACCAUUGUGGUCUCAGGGGAGUCGGGUGCUGGAAAAACCGUCAGCGCUAAGUACAUCAUGCGUUAUUUUGCGACUCGUGAGUCCUCGGACCAACCCGGCAAGUACACCACGAGUAGAGCAGAUGCGAUCAGCGAAACUGAAGAGCAAAUUCUGGCAACAAACCCAGUUAUGGAAGCUUUCGGCAAUGCGAAAACAACUCGUAAUGACAAUUCUUCGCGGUUCGGGAAAUACAUCGAGAUCAUGUUCGACGAGAAGACCAAUAUCAUUGGUGCAAAGAUCAGAACAUAUCUUCUAGAAAGAUCGCGAUUGGUGUUCCAGCCUCUAAAGGAACGAAAUUAUCACAUAUUCUACCAGCUUGUGGCUGGUGCAACGGAUGCACAGAGACAAGAACUCGGUCUUGUCUCGGUCGAGGACUUCGAUUAUCUCAGCCAAGGUGGAACGCCGACUAUUGAUGGCGUUGAAGACAAGACUGAAUUCAGCGCGACGAGAAAGUCCUUGACAACCAUUGGUGUACCAGAAAAAACGCAAGCUGAAAUAUUUCGUGUUCUUGCAGCUUUGCUGCAUCUAGGAAAUGUUAAAAUUACAGCUACGCGCACGGACUCUUCUCUGUCAUCAUCUGAGCCUUCCCUCGUCCGCACCUGCGAACUGCUUGGAAUCGAUGUCAAUGAGUUUGCAAGAUGGAUAGUCAAAAAACAGCUGAUAACAAGAGGGGAGAAAAUCACAUCAAACCUUACACAGCAGCAAGCAACUGUUGUUCGUGAUUCAGUUGCAAAAUUUAUCUACUCCAGCUUGUUUGAUUGGCUUGUGGAAAAAAUCAACUGCGGCCUAGCGACUGAAGCAGUUCUAAACCGGGUCAUGUCCUUCAUCGGUGUUCUAGAUAUUUACGGAUUUGAGCAUUUCGCUAAAAAUUCGUUUGAGCAGUUCUGUAUCAACUACGCUAACGAGAAACUACAACAAGAGUUUAACCAGCACGUCUUCAAACUUGAGCAAGAGGAAUAUGUACGAGAACAGAUAGAUUGGACGUUUAUUGACUUCUCGGACAACCAACCCUGCAUCGACCUAAUCGAAGCAAAACUUGGAAUUCUAGCUCUCCUGGACGAGGAAUCUCGGCUACCUAUGGGCUCUGACGAGCAAUUCGUGACUAAGCUUCAUCACAAUUUUGCUGCGGAUAAACAGAAGUUUUAUAAAAAACCUCGAUUCGGCAAAUCUGCCUUCACCAUUUGUCACUAUGCUGUUGACGUCACGUAUGAGUCCGAUGGCUUCAUUGAAAAGAAUAGGGAUACUGUCCCGGAUGAACACAUGGAAAUCCUGCGCAAUUCUUCCAACGGGUUUAUAAAAGAGAUUCUGGAUACAGCCGCUGCUGUUCGCGAGAAAGACUCGGCCUCUAUUUCAUCCAAGCCAGUUGCUGCUCCGGGGCGCAGAAUCGGUGUUGCCGUUAACCGCAAACCUACGCUUGGUGGAAUAUUCAAGUCAUCUUUGAUUGAACUCAUGAGUACAAUAAACUCCACGGAUGUGCAUUACAUACGUUGCAUCAAGCCCAAUGAGGCAAAAGAGCCUUGGAAAUUUGAAGGCCCAAUGGUCCUCAGUCAGUUGAGGGCUUGCGGUGUGCUUGAGACUGUGAGGAUUAGCACUGCGGGUUAUCCUACUCGCUGGACCUACGAGGAGUUUGCCAUCCGCUAUUACAUGCUGUGUCACUCGUCACAGUGGACAUCUGAAAUCAGAGAAAUGUGCCAUGCCAUUUUGCAGAAAGCACUCGGUGAUGGUAGCCACCAGAAACAAGAUAAGUAUCAAUUGGGAUUGACGAAAAUAUUCUUCCGCGCAGGCAUGCUUGCCUUUCUCGAAAAUCUUCGGACUUCAAAGUUAAAUGAAUGUGCGGUGAUGAUCCAGAAGAAUCUGCGGUGCAAGUAUUAUCGGCGCAGAUAUCUUGAGGCUCGUACAUCUAUUCUCACAACUCAAGCUCUAGUCAGGGGGUUUUUGGCAAGGCAGUAUGCAGCAGAAGUGCGACACACCAAGGCUGCUACUACUAUCCAACGAGUAUGGCGAGGCCAGAAAGAGAGGAGAAGGUAUAACCAAAUCCGUGGCAAUUUUAUACUCUUCGAAUCGGUUGCGAAGGGUUUCCUCUGCCGGCGCAACAUCAUGGACACAAUACUUGGUAAUGCAGCCCAGACUAUACAACGGGCCUUCCGUUCCUGGCGUCAGUUACGUGCUUGGCGACAAUACCGUCGGAAGGUAGUCAUUGUCCAGAGCCUUUGGAGAGGCAUGGAAGCUAGGAAAGAGUACAAGAAGCUCCGAGAAGAUGCAAGGGAUUUGAAACAGAUUUCUUACAAGCUGGAAAACAAGGUGGUGGAGCUGACUCAGUACCUUGAGUCUCUGAAACGCGAAAAUAAAUCACUGAAUUCGCAGCUGGAGAACUACGAGACUCAGUUGAAGUCGUGGAGAAGUCGACAUAACGCAUUGGAAACUCGUUCAAGGGAGCUACAAGCUGAGGCCAACCAAGCUGGAAUUACCGCCGCCCGGUUAAGUGCCAUGGAGGAAGAAAUGAGCAAGUUACAGAAAAACCAUACCGAUGCGCAAACAACUAUCAAGCGUCUUCAAGAGGAGGAAAAAAUAUCAAGAGAGUCUAUUCACUCUGCGAAUCAGGAGUUAGAAAGGCUCAAGCAACUGGACUCCGAUCACGAGAAUGAUAAGGCCACUCUCCGCCAACAAGUUGCUGAUCUUGAAGAGCAACUGGAGCUCGCAAAGCGAACUAUGCCCGUCAACGGCACGAAUGGUGAGCCGCAGAAUAACGGCCCUGCUCAGCCUCCUGCGAGCGGCUUGAUAAACUUGGUAUCCUCCAAAAAGCCUAAGCCCAAACGACGUAGUGCCGGUGCAGAAAAGAUAGAUACCGAUCGCUUUAGCGGGGCAUACAACCCACGGCCAGUGUCCAUGGCAGUUCCAAGUUCUACCUUGGGCCGUCAGAACUUUUCAGGGUCUGCAUUCACACCUGGUCUUGAUUCCGUUGAAGUGGAGCUUGAGAAUUUGUUGUCUGAAGAGGAUGAUCUCAACGAAGAGGUCACAAUGGGCUUGAUUCGCAAUCUCAAAAUUCCUCUUCCCAGCUCCACCCCUCCACCAACUGAAAAGGAAGUCCUCUUCCCUGCAUAUCUGAUUAAUCUUGUCACAUCCGAGAUGUGGAAUAACGGAUUUGUCAAGGAAUCAGAACGCUUUUUGGCAAAUGUUAUGCAGUCUAUUCAGCAAGAGGUCAUGCAACAUGAUGGUGACGACGCGAUAAACCCCGGUGCCUUUUGGCUUUCAAACGUGCACGAAAUGCUUUCUUUCGUAUUUUUGGCCGAAGACUGGUAUGAAGCGCAGAAAACCGAUAACUACGAGUACGACCGUCUACUAGAAAUUGUGAAGCACGAUUUGGAGAGUCUGGAGUUCAACAUCUAUCACACAUGGAUGAAAGUGUUGAAAAAGAAGCUUUACAAGAUGAUAGUCCCCGCAAUCAUUGAGUCCCAAUCUCUCCCGGGCUUUGUCACAAGCGAGACCAAUCGAUUCCUUGGAAAACUUCUUCCUUCUAACAACAACCCCGCUUACAGUAUGGACAACCUUCUUAGUCUUCUCAACAAUGUUUAUAAAGCAAUGAAGGCUUUUUAUCUUGAGGAUUCCAUCAUAACGCAGACCGUCACCGAACUUCUUCGGCUCGUUGGUGUGACUGCUUUUAAUGAUCUCCUCAUGCGGAGAAAUUUCCUUUCUUGGAAACGUGGUCUUCAAAUUAACUACAAUAUUACACGGAUCGAGGAGUGGUGUAAAAGCCACGAUAUGCCUGAAGGAACAUUGCAGCUUGAACAUUUGAUGCAAGCAACCAAACUUCUCCAGCUUAAAAAAGCGACUCUCAAUGACAUUGAAAUUAUCCAGGACAUAUGCUGGAUGCUUUCCCCAAAUCAAAUCCAAAAGCUCUUGAACCAAUACCUUGUUGCUGACUACGAGCAACCAAUAAAUGGCGAAAUCAUGAAAGCCGUGGCUUCUCGCGUUACCGAAAAGAGCGAUGUACUUCUCCUGACUCCUGUUGACAUGGAAGACAGCGGUCCAUAUGAAAUUGCUGAGCCACGUGUUAUCACAGCUCUAGAAACAUAUACACCAUCUUGGCUUCAAACUCCGCGGUUGAAGCGUCUUGCUGAAAUUGUGUCAGCUCAGGCAAUGGCCCAGCAAGAAAAACUUGAAAUGGCAGAGAGCACUCCAAUGGCUGCUGGUUAAUGAUAGUGUCCUGUACAUUAGAAGUGCCAUUCUCUCUUGGUUUUAGCUACGGAUCAUGACCAUAGUUUUCAUCAGACACAAAGCAUCUACCAUGGGUGGGAGGUUGAACAUAUCAUGCUGGUCUUUUACUUUUUAAGCGUAACACAAUCUACCUUUGCCUUAUUCGCUAUCUUUGCCCAUAUAUUUUUAAAUCUCCCUCAAAUCUCCCUCAAAUCUCCCUCAUCCCAUCAACUAGAGCUCAGCGGGUGUUUCGAUCAGUAUUUAUGUCUUCCGAGAUAAUAAUUAUC